GUCUACGUUCCUACUGUGUUCGAAAACUAUGUUGCUGACGUCGAAGUAGAUGGCAGACACGUUGAAUUAGCCUUAUGGGAUACAGCUGGUAAUAAUAUUGGUCGUUAUAUUUCUGCGCCGUUAUCUAGCGCAAGUGGUGUCAGUGCCAGCGAUGAAUGUAUGGAAGUUUUUCAAGAACUUAAAUUAAAAAAAAAAUACAAAUACAUUUUGUACAAAAUUAAUGAUGAAAAAGACAAGACAGAAAUCGUUCUUGAUAGGGCAGAAGAAAAUGCCACUUACGAAGACUUCAAGAAUGUUCUGGUCAAAGAAUUGAAAGAGCAGCCCCGUUAUGCCGUUUUUGAUUUUGACUACGAAAAGGCCG